AUGGAUAUUGGGCAGAGGCAAACCAUGUACUUGAGCAGCAACAUGAAGAAUAAUGUGGUGCAGUUUCUACUCAAGCACAGCCAUGAUGGAGUACUAGCAAGAGGGGCUGUAAUGGAGGCAGCAGAAACUCAUAGCAUCAGUAGGAAGACAGUCUAUAGGCUAUGGAAGGCAGCCAAGGAGCAAAUGCAAAGGGGAGAACCUACUCUUGAAAGAUCUUCCCUGAGAAAAAUGGCAGUAAAAUUGAAUGUGAGUAAGAGCACAUUAGGUCAGUGGGUGAAGCAAGGUAAACUACGGCCACAUACAAAUGCAAUCAAACCUGCCCUCACCAAUAUGAAUAAGAUAGCAAGAGCUAGAUGGAGUCUUAGCCAACUUCAGCCACAGAUAACUCAAGGUGGAGUGCAGUUUCAAGGCAUGCACAAUGUAGUGCAUAUAGAUGAAAAAUGGUUCUAUAUGACCAAGGUUUCAGACAGGUACUACCUUUUGCCGGAUGAGGAUGAGCCAUAUAGGUCAUGCAAAUCCAAGAGAUACAUCACCAAAGUGAUGUUUAUGUGUGCUGUCAGUAGACCACAGUUUGAUGCCAAUGGGCAGGCAACUUAUGAUGGUAAGGUUGGAAUAUUCCCCUUCACUGAAGUACUCCCAGCUCAGAGGAAGUCAAAAAACAGAGCAAGAGGGACCAUGGAAACCAAAGCCAUCAAUUCAGUCACAAAGGCAGUGAUGAGGGACUGCCUUAUCCACAAGGUAAUCAACUUUUUUCCUUGCUAUCAGACCUUAAUUAUUCAAAAAAGAUCAUCAUGUAGCUAUGUUGUUGUUUUUUAUGCCAGAUCAUACCUGCAAUUAAGGCCAAGUGGCCUGUUGGGGCAAGUAAAGACAUCUACAUUCAGCAAGAUAAUGCAACCCCACACAUAA